GUAUUGGAUAAGGCGGCCUCCGGCUACCUAAAUCCACUCCUGCCAUUUCCGGCUUCUCCCCACGCUCCCAUGGCCGCCAUUUACCCCACCACGGCCGCCCUCCCCACGCGCCACUCCCCUCCUUCCUUCCUCCGGCCGCCGUCCCUGUCGUGGUCCGCCUCCAUUACCCAGCACCGCAUCCCCUUGUCACCGCGCCUCGCUCUCUCGCCGCCGCCCGCGUCCAAUCGGCGGUCAUUCGUGGUCCGAGCGGCGUGGACGCGGCGGUCGCGCGGCGAGUUGGACAAGAGCCCGAACCGCAAGUCGUGGAAGCAGCGCACGGACAUGUACAUGCGCCCGUUCCUGCUCAACGUCUUCUUCUCCAAGCGCUUCGUCCACGCCAAGGUCAUGCACCGGGGCACCAGCAAGGUUAUCGCCGUCGCCACCACCAACGCCAAGGACCUCAGGACCACGCUGCCGUCCCUCAUAGACGACAACGCCUGCAGGACCAUCGGCCGUCUCAUAGCCGAGAGGUCCAUGGACGCCGACGUCUUCGCCAUGGCGUACGAGCCCAAGAAGAACGAGAGGAUCGAGGGGAAGCUCGGGAUUGUCAUCGACACCAUUAAGGAGUAUGGCAUCAUCUUUGCAUAGGCAAGUUCCAAUGUAGGAGCAGAAACAGUUGCUAUGUUGUAGUAUUUCUUUAGUUUGAUCCAUGUAGCUGUUUUUGUUCAGCUUAUCUUAUAUUGAUGAUGAUGAUUUAGUAAUAGCUUCUUCUGA